ACAAACAGCCAAAGGCUUAAUCUCCAAGUAACCAUUGUGCCUAGGCUUUAUAAAAGGGCAUCAGACGCAGGAGGUAGAGCCAAGCCUUUGAAUCUUAUUACAAAUUCCGUAAAGUGCAGGAACAAAGAGUGUCAUUAUGGCCGAAGAAGUAUUGGUGUUUGGUGCGUGGGGAAGCCCUUUUAGUCGCAGAGUAGAGAUGGCUCUGAAACUGAAAGGAAUUGAGUACAAAUACAUUGAAGAAGAUAUAACCAACAAGAGCCCUUCCCUCCUCAAAUACAACCCUGUUCACAAGAAGAUUCCUGUGCUCGUACACAAUGGAAAACCUGUCGCUGAGUCACUUGUUAUUCUCGAAUACAUUGAUGAGACUUGGAAAGACAGUCCCAUCUUGUCCAAAGAUCCUUACGAGAGAGCCAAUGCACGAUUUUGGGCCAAGUUCAUAGACGAGAAGUGCUUGUCUGCAAUAUUUAAAGCUUGUUGGGGUGAAGAGAAAGAGCAUGAGAAGGCUUUGGAAGAAGCUUCUGAACUUCUACAAUUUCUAGAAAAUGAGCUCAAGGAGAAGAGGUAUUUUGGUGGAGAGACUGUUGGACUGCUAGACAUUGCCGCUAACAUCAUAGGCUACUGGCUUGGAGUUUUUGAAGAAGCUUCGGGGGUAGAGUUGAUGACAAGGGAGAAAUUUCCCAAACUUUGCAAUUGGGCUAAUGAGUUUGUGAGUGUUAGUGCCAUCAAGGAAAAUCUACCUCCUAGAGAAAAACUGAUUGCCUAUUUUCGAAAUCGCUUUGGGGUUGGUACUGCUUCCAAAUAGGUGAACUUACACUUGCCACUUACAGUUGGAGCAUAUUAUUGCAAAAUAAUUGACCACUUUGUCAUCAAUCGGGUUCAUAUAUGCUUCGUAAUUUCUUGUGAUUUGUCUGUAAUAGUUUAUGAAUUUGUUUGAGUCAUUGAGCUUGUACUUGCUUACCUUGUUGCAGUUUUUCUAUAAAGUGUUCUCCACUCUUGGUUAUCCUAUCAAAUAAUAAUUUUGUAAA